AUGAGUGCCUCCAGACCCCAGAGCGGUUCCGUCGCCGUCCCCCCUGGCCGGCAGAAGAAACGACUCAUCGUCUGCUGUGAUGGAACCUGGAUGAAUUCGGACAAGGGUUGGGAGAAGGGCAAGCCGCAGCCCCCGUCCAACGUUACCCGUCUGGCACGGUCCUUCAACCGCGGCUGCUCAGAUGGCUCGGUUCAGGUCAUCAACUACCAGUCCGGUGUGGGGACAGGAAGCACCAUGGCGGACGCCUUCUCCGGUGGCGCCUUUGGUAACGGUGUUGCAGAACACGUGCGCGAGAGCUACGCAUUCAUUUGCGGCAACUAUGUCGACGGCGACGAGAUCAUUCUCAUCGGCUUCUCCCGGGGCGCCUUCACCGCCCGAAGCAUCGCCGGCAUGAUCGGAAGUCUUGGCCUCCUCACCCGUGAGGGAAUGGAGUUCUUCUUUCCCGUCUUCAAAGACAUGCAGAAUUGGCAGACCAAGAAAUAUAAGGAUCCCUACCCAGGUGUUCCCUUUGACAACAAGCCCAUGGGUGAGAACGCCGCCGAGACCUACCGCAACAUGCUCAUCGAAAAGGGCCUGACGCGAGCCUACGAGGGCGGCGGCUUCGGCAAGCUCAUCACCAUCAAGGCCGUCGCGGUCUUUGACACGGUGGGAAGUCUCGGAGUCCCCACCAUUGCCUGGAUGAAGAAGCUCGGCAUCGACCACACAACCUCGGAGCUCCGGUUCUACGACACCACAUUGUCGGACCGUAUCGAGAAUGCCUUCCAUGCCUUGGCCUUGGACGAGCCGAGGCCGCCUUUCAGCCCUUCAAUUUGGGAACGUCCUGCGUCCAACAAGGGUCUCACUAACUUGAAGCAGGUAUGGUUCCCUGGAAACCACGGCAACGUCGGUGGAGGAUGGCCUGAUCAAGGCAUCGCCAAUAUGACCAUGGCUUGGAUGAUGGAUCAACUCGUCAGUGUUGGUGUAGAGUUUGACGGCGGCUCCCUUCGUCGCGCUAUACACGAUACAGAGAAUUAUUACAAAGGGCAUCCCUCGGCCGCCCAGAUUCCGACCAAGGAGGCCCCGAAGCCAAAGGGACAACCCCCGAAGAUCAUCGCAAUGGCAAGUAGUGUCGUUCCAGACAGCCUCAAGAACUCAGCUGCAAAAAACGUCUCAAGGGUCAAGCCAACAACCUUUUACAAAUGGGCCAUUGACCCCAUUCUGGAACCCAACCACCCCGUGCGGCCGUGGGCGACGGGUGCUAUUCUCCGAGCUCAUAGCCCAAUGUACACACUUGCCGGAACCAUUACCCGAUCCCCUGGCAUGUACCACAAGCUCAACUCAUACAACGGAAAGGAGCUGCCCGAGUAUCUAGAGGAUACAUGCGAGAUGAUCCACCCUUCAGAGCUAGCCAAGCAGACAGACGGGGGAUGGUGUUGGAUAUACACGGGUGAGGAGCCUCUUCCAAAGAAGAGGCUCGAGGAGUCAGAGCUGGGUUAUUACGAGAUGAAGAUGCUGGAAAUGGCAGGUGGUGUUCCAGACAUCCUCGAGUUUGUCGACAACAUGUCCCUGGAGGAGUUCCAAACACUUACCAACAGGAAGAUGUCCGUGGUGCCAGUUGAGGUCAAGCCAGAGGAUGACACGACCUCGUGA